UACAUAUAUGUUCGUUGGGUUGGUGACCGUGAACUUCUCCAUGUUGUAAUAAACACUUCAAAAGGAAGUAGAUAUCCGUUAUUGUGUGUUGCAUAGCUCUUUACAGUUGUUAUUUUUCAUUGAAAAUUUAAAAUUGAUUGCGUACCCAUAUUGAGCAACAAGUUUUAAUACUGAACGCAUUAAUAUCUGCGAUAUUCACUAGGUCCAAUUUCCACAUCCGUAACGUUACGUCUUUUUCACAGAACUUGUAAGGCGCGAUAUAGGUACUAAAGAAUUGUAAAUAUUGACAAAAUGUCCGAAGAUAAGAAGGAUGUAAAGGGUUCAGAGACGGAACACAUCAACUUGAAGGUUCUUGGUCAAGACAAUGCAAUUGUCCAGUUCAAGAUAAAGAAACAUACUCCGUUGAGAAAAUUAAUGAACGCAUACUGUGAUAGGGUCGGCAUUGCCAUGGCGACCAUGAGGUUUCGGUUUGAUGGGCAACCAAUUAAUGAGACAGAUACCCCAAUAAGUUUGGAGAUGGAAGAGGGUGACACCAUUGAGGUAUACCAACAGCAGACUGGAGGAAGAGGACCGUACGUCACCUGCUGAAACUCAAGUCAGUUUUAUAGUGCUCUCGUGUUGAGCCGCAGGACUCGUACAAUAUCGAUUCUUCAGGUUUCAUUCGUUACUGGGAUUAAAAGUUCAUACAUUAAUCCAAAUGAAUGCCAUUUUGAUGAGGACUAAAUGAACAAGUGUUUAGGCUGUGGGAACUGAUUAGUUAUUAUUUUGUUUUGUUGUAUGUCAGUUUUCAUGCCAUGUAGUUUGGAGUACCAUGUAAUAUGAGAGCGUGUCGAGUUCAGCUGUAAUGUUGAAUUUAUUAAUGCAAGAUUUAUGCGUACUUGAAAAAUACCUUCUGUUUUUGUGGCUGUCAAACAUUUUCUUUUUCUGGAAAUACACAAUUUUGGAAUUCUUUUUUGACAGCCGCGUCUACCGUUAAAGAUGUUCAGAUUUCACGCAUGAUUUGUGGCGUCUAACUACUAUUUAUGUGAACUUUGUUAAGGAUAAUUGAAUAUUAGGUUUAUUUUAUCGCAACAAAUGUAAUAUAGUGAAGAAAUUAUUAUCCGAAUUUUCAACUCUUAAUUUUCGAAUAUAUAAGAGUUUCACCGCUUCAUAGAUUUUACUUCAUUAAUGAAAGCCUACGUCACAGAAGUACAUAGAAAUUGAAGUUCAAAUUGUGAGUUGUAUGAGACAAUUUGAAGGUAAGUAAUUUCAGUGAAUUACAAUGCACAUUGAGCCAUAUUAUAUCAUUACAAAAAUUGUAUGGUUUAUUUGUGAGAUGCAGUGCUUAGUUGGUGUUGGUAUGUAACACGGUUUUACAAAUUAUAUAAAAUGCAAGAAUGGGCAGAUAGUCAUGUAAACAACUUAAGGAAGAUGAGGAAGAAAGAAUUCUUGAAGGUAAUUACAUUUAUACAGCCUAUGUUUUUGAUUUUAUCCUCGUUACGCACCACCCCACAACACAUGCCGGACCUCUGAAAGAAUAUAAUUUACCUAGACUGUAGAGAGGAACAGUGAACAGGAGGUCAUUGGAUCUAUUCAGAAUUGGUGAUCCAAAGAACAAAGUAGUCAGCACACUAGAUAUUUUAUUUGUAACAGGUACGCAGCUAUUUACGUCUCCGUAAUGUUCCGUUACCUCACAACAUUACAAUCGUAUAUCACAUAUAUAUAUAUAUAUAUAUAUAUGUAGUACACGUGAGUCCCCCGUCCAAAAAAAAAAAGACAAUGAAAAGGACACUCAAGCCUGCCAGAAUCAAUAAAUUACAAAAUAUUCCAGGGACCCAUCUUGAUCCUCUGCUUUUUUCUUACAACCAGAAAACCCACCCCUGAAGCAAUUUUGAGCGAAAAAUGGAGCAGACAUUUUAUGUCUGACCACCCAGUAGAGAAUACCUUCUCCUGGGUCCUCAUACGAAGCAGGAAAGCUGGAGAAGACCAGAGCGCACUCUCACAGGAAAAUAAAGGUGGUCAGGAACAGGGUGACAUAAAGAAAAGUAGGAAAGUACAGGGUGACAGGAGGAAAUGGCACGUACUGUAAUAUAUAACCCAUUGUCAUGAUCCGUGCCAUUUUUGGUAAACUUAAAUGUAAAGUCUGUAAGCAGUAAAACCUGUAUGUAUAGAACUUCCUUAUACAAUAUGCGUGAAAUGAAUGCAUGUGGGGCUGGUCAUGUCUGUCUGUCCACAUGAUACAACUCGAGAACGGAUGGACAGAUUUGGAUGAUGUCUGGUGUGGAUGUUAAAGUGUACUUUACAAUUGGUAAAACAAACUUCAUUCUGUUGUUUUUUAUAUCACAGUUCAUAUUCCUUUCUCAUUAUCUUUGAUUAAUUUUGUCACCAACUUGACAUUCUCAUUUACUUUUUUUGCUUUCUUAUUUUCAGUAGAGUUUUAUUGUGUUUUUGAGCCAUUUCACUAAGGAUCCACAAGUGUUAAACUAUCACUUUCAUCUGAAUAAGAUUCAUUACACAGUAACAAUUCACUGUACAUUGGUAUUUGAAAAUGACCAGUCACUUUUAGCAUCCUGUUUCCGAUACCAUGACCAUCAGAACAAAACUCCCACACCACCACUAAUACUGACUGUAAAGCACAAAAAAAGAAAAUACUGGACCAUGUCAUUUGGAACACCCACCCUAAAAGCAGAUAGUAUGAUGUGAAUGAGGAUAAAAGCUUAGUUCACAUGUGUCCCCGUUUAUGUAAGAAAGCCAUGCAUGGAUGAUCGCAAGUUUACUGUAGUGUAGUUUAUGAAAGGCAAAAUAUGAGCAGUGCUUAAUUCUUCUGUCAUUCCAUAAGUAGAAGCAUCAGCAUGUCAUCAACGGCCAGAAAAGUUUUAAAUCAAAGUAUAAAAUGUGUCACAUAUUUGAAGUUUAAAAUGGACGUAACUGUGCACGUGCCCGUAACUGUUAAAUACUAUUAUUCAUGUUGUUUGCAGUCUACAGUUUAUGUUGUUCUUGGAUAUGUGAAGGAUCUGUUAUGUAACUACCACAUUAGUCCAUUUUUUCACAUGUACAAGACGAGUAUUUCUUUGGUGAAGUUUAAUGUAUAAUUAAAAAUGACAGAUUUGUAAAUUUGCCAUUGAUAUUUGUAGUACUCCUUAAUUAUGUUUAUUUGGUCAUAAGAGAGGAACAACUUAUUCUGAUGAGUAUAAAAGGAAAACAAGGAAAUUGAACAAACUUAGAUACAAGCAGUUUGUGUCAGACGUGUGAAAAUGCAGUACUCAUAUUUUAAUUUUUUGUGCUUUUGCAUCUUUGCAUUACAGCUGGAUUAUGAGCAUACUCUGUAAUUUAGUGCAUUUAAAUCUGUUCAGUAAUGGUUUAAACAGUUAUGCUGUUAUCAAUAUAUAGCAUUUAAUUUAAUCCAAAUUAUUUUUAAUUCAUAUUUUUUCUGUGGUACUCCAACAUGCUAGACUCUCCAUUUGAAUAUUAUACCUUGUGUUAAAACAGUGUUCUGCACAGAGCAGGUAAGUCAUAACAAACCAUGUGUAUAUAUUUUUUAUGGUACAGUAACUGGUAAGCUUGCUUUGUGGCAGUGUCAGAAUCCUAGAAACUAGUAAUUAAAUAUAAAAGAGACCUAACAGGAUACACCUGUAUGUUGCUUAACUUUGAAUUAAGUUGUAGAUAAUCUUGGGAAGCUUGUAGAAUGACUUUUGUGAAGUGGAUACCAAAUGUACUUGGUGGUUCUCAAGGUGUAGUCAAAAAUGUAAGAAGAAGAAGAAGAACCAAAAGAGGAACUGGCGUGAAGUGGAGCUGGAAGCGUCAUUCAGUCAGUUGUGUCUUAAUGUGCAAUAUAUCAUUGUUACAUUCAAGCACAUUUCAUUUAUUUGAUUAUGGCACUAAGUAGAGUAGCUUAAGUGAUCACGUAGAAAAGUUUUGAGAACUCAAGAGUAAAUGAUAAUUGUUACUAGCUUUCUUCAUGUUUAUGUUCGUUGAGUGACGGUUCCUCUCUCCCUUCUCCACCUUUGUUUUGCCGAAGAUACUUUCCUCUGAUGAAGAAUGAUGAUGCUGAAAUACUUGUUGGUUUAUUAGUCAACAAAUGAUCAAUCUUUAAUGCUUUUCAUUUAUUUAGAAGCUAGGAGUGAAGUUAAAUAGACACUUAAUUUCCUGCGGAUGGCACACAGUCAUAACGCAUUAUGCUCGUGCACUGUACACAGUGAAUUGAAAGAAAGUGUAUGUUUCAAGUUUUACUGUAGUAGACUUUAACCUGGAGAAAAGAAGUAGUUAUCGAGUAAAAUGGGCACUGGUAUUGCAUGUGAUGAAUUUCUGCAUAGCAGUUAUUGUAAUUGAAAGUAAUUUAAUUUCCAUAGGUACUUUCUAAUAUUCAUGUGUUUUUUUAAAAUUAUAAGUUAUUGAGGAUUCUUGGACUUCUGUGCGAAUACCUUCAGUCAGAACGUAAUGAAGCUACCUGUUUCUCUCAAUGUGUUUAGCUUUUAAAGAAAUGGGUUGUUUUCAUUCGUCUUUGUUUGAUCAACAGAUCAUUGACCAGUAAUCAGAACAUUUUAUAAACGGUUGAUCCGAGGUAAACAUUAAUAAACACUUUUCAAUAAAUGUAUUUAUUUAUUAUUUUAAAAAAUGUGGGUCCUUCCUUUCAGAGAAUACAGACUACAGGUGUUCAAGCACAGAAUUUAGGAUGUUACAUAAUGAGUAACUUUGUGGUGUGUACAGGUAAACUAGGAAAUUAAGGAGGGCUGGGCUUUGCAUGUGAUGUGAAAAGAUUUUGGAAGAUUGAGAAGUGGGAGGGUAACAUUAAAAUAAAUUGGAUGCAUUAUGAGGAUAAGAGGAUCAUGUCCAAUAGUGGGUGUUUCAAGUUCUGCUGCUAUAUUUUUAUAGACAUGCUAUCAUAACCUUAUGGUGUUAUAAAACUCAUGGAACUCAUUCCUGACACAUGUUCUAGUUGUGAGAAAAUAAAUUACAUUGACAUCAGAAAACAA